AUGCAAAAUAAUAAAAAAAUAGCAAUUAUUGGUUCUGGAGUAGCUGGUCUAGCAGCAGCAUGGAAUCUGCAUAAGAAAUAUGAUAUAGUUCUUUAUGAAAAAGCUAGUGUUCUAGGCGGUCAUGCGUACACAACAACAUUUCAAUAUAAAGAUAAAGUAAUACCUAUUGAUUUAGGAGUACAGCUACUCCAUCAAUGGACUUAUCCUAAUUUACUUGAAAUGCUUAGACAAUUUAACGUUUCUACUUGUGCUGUAUCUUGGUCACUUGCUUUUAGCUUUAGUUCUGAAGAAAAUUGGAGCAAUAACUUCCUUACAACCUUUUGGGAUAAAAUAAAAGAUGAAUGUAACCGCUUUUAUUCUUCUCUUUUAAGUAUUAGUAACUCUUCUAUUGAAUUUCAAAUGCAACCUCUUUGUGAGUAUCUCAAAACUGAAAAAUAUUCUGAAACUUUUAUUGCUAAGGCACUUUUACCUUUAUUAAGUACGGUUAUUUUUAGCCCACAAGAAAUAUUAAAUCAUCCACUGUUUAUUAUAGUUGAGAUUUUUAAGAAUAAUAUGAUUUCUUUUUUUAAUCCUUGUUGCUGGCACAGGGUGGUAGGAGGAACAAAAGAAUAUAUUAGUCGCUUAGCAGAAAAUUUUAUUGGAAAAGUACGUUUUGAGAAAGAAGUUAUUUCAUUAAUAAGGCAAACAGAUAAGGUUACUGUACAAGAUGCUCAAAGAAAUAUGGAAGAGUUUGAUGAAGUUAUUAUAGCAACUCAUGCUGAUACUGCUCUUUCUAUGUUAUCUGACCCAAGUAAUGAAGAAAGAGAAUUAUUAAGCAGCUUUCAAUAUGUAGACUUUAAUUUCAUUCUACAUAAGGAUGAAGGGGUACUUUCUUCUAAUAUUCCUAGAACAGCUUUAACAGAAUAUACCUCCUCUGAACCAAACCACGAAAAGGUAUAUUAUGAGGGUCAUACUUACAAUGUAAAAAAAGCUUUAGAGCUUAAUUAUUUAGAUUAUCCUUUAAUUAUUUCUCUUAAUCCUAAAAACAGUGCUAUGCCAAAACAAGAAAAAAUUAUUGAAAGCAAAAAUUAUAAACAUCCCCUGAAACCUCAAGAUAUUUCUAUUAAAACUAAAAUCAAAUCUAUUCAAGGAAAAAAACAUACUUGGUUUUGUGGUUUAGACAUAGCUUUUGAUAGUCAUGAAGCUGCAUUUAUAUCUGGCAUGGUAAUUGCAGAGGCUUUGGGUGCUUCCUAUCCCUUUUCUGAUAAACCUAUGGCUUUGAAGAGUUACCAAGAUAUAAAAAAAUUCAUGGGUUUCUUAUAAUCAUGCAUGUAAUGAAAUCCCUAUGUAAAAGCCACCCUAAACAAGGUUUAUGGCUAAAUGAGAAACCUAUACCAACACUAGCCCCAAAUGAAGUACUAAUAAAGGUACGUAUUACUGGUUUAUGUGGAACUGACCUUCAUAUUUAUAACUGGAAUUCUUGGGCUCAAGGAACUAUAGCUCUUGGGUUAACUCCAGGACAUGAAUUUGUUGGAGAAGUUGUUAAAUGCGGUUCUUUAGUUCAAAAUAUAAAAGUAGGCGAACGUGUCACAGCUGAAGGUCAUAUAUUUUGUAAAAAUUGUAUUCUAUGUUCAGAUAAAAAUCAUUUGCAUCUAUGUACAAGUUUAAAGUGUAUAGGAAUAACAACUUCUGGUGCUUUUGCUGAAUAUAUAGCAGUUUCAGAAGAUAGUGUUAUCAAAAUCCCUGAUAAUAUUUCAGACGAAAUAGCAAGUAUUUUAGAUCCAUUAGGAAAUAGUAUACAUUGUGCAACGAUUGCUGACUGUAAAAAUAAGAAUAUUAUUAUUAUAGGAGGAGGACCCGCUGGUUUGUUUCUAACCGCAAUUUUAAAAUAUCAAAGUGCUAAUAGAAUUAUUGUAAUAGAACCUAACGAAUACCGACGUGAAUUAGCGCAAAAAAUUGGUGCUACAAUAGUAAGUUCUAGCAUUGAAGAAAUUUUAAAAAAUCAAAAAAAUUUGUUGGAAUCAAUAACUAUUGGUUAUGAAAUGUCAGGAAGCCAAAAAGCUUUUGAAAACUUAAUAGAGAUAGUUCGACCUGGAGGCAUUAUAGGACAACUUGGAAUUUUAAAAGACAAAGUUUUAAUAGAUGUAAAUACAAUAGUUCUUAAAGGUUUAACAAUUAAAGGUAUAUAUGGUCGUCUGAUUUUUGAUACUUGGCACAAAAUGUUUGAAAUUCUCACUAAUAAAUUAGAUGUAACUGCUAUUAUUACUCAUAUUUUUCCAGCUCAAGAUUUUCAAAAAGCAUUUGAUUUAGCAUUAACAGGACAAUGUGGCAAAGUUCUUAUAAGAUGGGAUCACUGUCAAGGCAAAUGAUUUAACAAGGUAAAUAA